AAAUUCUUGACUUUGAACGAAGACUUUUCAGUGGAAGUCGACGAAACAUUUUGCUUGCAACUGAACCAAGUACCGACAUAUUUGCAGCUGGAAAUUUAUGAACAGCCCAAAUCAUUGCUGAAGAAAAAAAUAGCAGAAGUCAGUAUUAAUAUGCCGAGUGCCAAGUCCAAUAAGAAAUUGCACAGAAAGUAUUUCGAGAAGAAUGAAAUUGUGCAUUACAAACAUGAAGGGGUAGGAAGCGGAACGAAUUUGAAAACAGCAAUGGAAAAAUUCGGGGUGAAAUUAGCGGACGAUAUGAAUUUGGAACUGAAAACUGCUGGUUACUUGGAAUAUUCUAUCGAAUGGGAGAAAACUGCUAAGAAAGAAGAAAAUACCGAAAUGAAGACGAGGAUGAAUUUUCUGAACGAAAUAAUGGAUAAGAACUUUGUUGUGGAUGGAAGCAAGUUGAAGGAACUUUUAGAUUCAAGUGAUUGGGAAAUAUCAACUAAAGAAGAUAUGAUGGCACAUACUGAUGGUAAACAUUUCAGGUUAAACCCGCAUCAAGAUUCUUUAACCUUUUGUAACAUUCGAGAGAUAGAAGAAAAUGUACGGCUCAAAAUCCUGCAGUUGAGAGAUCAAAAAGAGAUAGAAUUUGAUGGAAUACCUAUCCCUAAUAGGGUCAAAGAAAUACCAUUCAACGUCCUCGCCGAUUAUAAGAGAAGAAAAAUGACUGAGGAAAGGGGCCUAAACUUUGAAGAAUUCGACGAAGAAGACGUAGAAGUUCAAAGAAGAUUCGGAAGAAAGUUUUUGAAACAGAUUUAUAUCAGGACGUUCCAGCUUUGUAAAAACACAGAGAAUAAUUUAGACUAUGAGAGUGUUAUAGAUGAGAGAUAUAUGAUAUAUUUUCAUUUAAUGGUGAAAACUUUACUGCGCAACAUAUUAAAUUGGUUUAGGUGGCGACCAAAAAUCAACAAGCCACUACCGAUCUUGGAAAAAAAGAUUGACGAUGGCGUACAAGAAAAUAGCUCAAAAACGACCAAUAAAUUCCUAAUAUAUCUGAAAAUUAUUUCGGCCAAAAAUUUGCCCAGUAGAUUGAAAACAACUUUCAAUGAAACAGAAUCUGUUGAAAAUGAAGUUCAGCCGCUUGUGAAAGUUGGCUACAAAAAUUUGACAGCUACAACCACCACUAACACAGGCUCAAAUCCUACUUGGAAUGAAAUAUUGACAAUACCUCUAGAGUCAACUAAUACAGACUAUUUAAAUCCAAAUUCUCUGCAUGGAAAUAUCAGUGUUAAUAUUUUUGAUGAGAGUGAUAUCGAGAUAAAGAAGCUCAAUAAAAAAUGUGUCAAUUGGUUAGGAGGUUUCAAUAUUUCUGUUUCUGCUAUUUGUUCUUCAAGUACAAUGAACGGGUUUUUUCAAAUCAAACUUCCUCACAUUCUGUUGGGAUACAAAAUGGAAGGAGACAAACAGAAGAGUAAUACAGCUCAAAAAAUGUCAAAUGGACCCUCUUAUCACAGUUAUCUAGAGAUGGAAAUCUAUGUAGAACCUAAAGUGCCAAAAUUGAGCCCAAACAUGGAAGAACUACCUUGUGGUGAUAUUCCGUACAUACAUGACCACGUCUUGAGAUGGAACAACAAGUACAAUCAGAGCUAUCCAGACCGAAAAUUUAACGCUCUAACAUUGGACGCCCAUGGAAAAACAACCUGUGUGACAAGAUUCAUCAAACCAUUGGAACCACCACAAAUAAAUCAAGAAGAAUUUGAUGUGUCCAUCGAACAGUGUCUGAGAUAUGUUUCUUUGAUACCGUACACCGAUUGCAACCAGUUUUACAACUGUGUUUGGUUAUCCACAGACCAACUGGUCAACUUGAUGAUAGGCUCAAUAACAGACCAUGCCAUAGCCUUGACAUGCUAUUUGUUGUCUCUCAAAGUGGAUGUUUGGCUUUUACUAGGCUAUGGUAUCCCACAUGGGAAUACAGCAUAUGUCUUACUAAGAGAACAUAGUACAGAUACAGGCUUGCCAAUGUACUAUAUAUUGGAUGUAGUUUAUGGAGAGAAAUACAACUUGACUGAUGAAUACAGUCCACUGCAGAGAGUCUUUUGUGUAAUCAACAGCAGUAAUGUGUGGGGCAACAUUCAGAAUACAGAUAACAUGAAUCUCACAAGGUUUGAUCUGAGUAGAAAAUCAGAUUGGUUACCUUUAUUUAAUGAUGAGUGCACU